GCGAGGCACUUCCGCGGUGGUGUGCGGCCGAGGGACGGCGGGGGAGCGCGGCGGCGGCGGCGGGGCGGCAGCGGCGGAGGAGGCGGUGGUCGGCCUUCGCGGUGGCGGCAGGGAUGGACGUGACCGGGCCUGAGACCGACUGGCGCAGCACCAACUUUCGGCAGAAGCUCGUCAGCCAGAUUGAUGACGCUAUGAGGAAGGCUGGUGUUGCGCAUAAUAAAUCCAGCAAAGAUAUGGAGAGUCACGUGUUUAUGAAGGCCAAAACAAGGGAGGAAUAUCUUUCUCUUGUGGCCAGACUUAUUAUCCAUUUUCGAGAUAUUCACAAUAAGAAAUCUCAAGCCUCAGUCAGUGAUCCAAUGAAUGCCCUGCAGAAUCUAACUGGAGGUCCCCCAGCAGGGGCGCCUGGAAUGGGCAUGGCUUCCCGAGCUCAAGGAGCACCGAUGAGUGGGAUGAGUGGCCUUGGCCCAAUGGGACAACAGAUGAGUCUCCCAGGGCAGCAGCAGCCUCCUGGAACCUCGGGAAUGGCCCCUCAUGGUAUGCCUGGUGUCUCUACAGCUACUCAGCAGACCCAACUUCAGCUUCAGCAGAUAGCUCAGCAGCAACAGCAGCAGCAGCAGCAAUUCCAGCAGCAGCAGGUGGCUUUGCAGCAGCAGCAAUUCCAGGCCCAGCAGUCAGCCAUGCAACAACAGUUUCAGGUCCAGCAGCAGCAGGCGGCAGCAGCGGCAGCAGCCCAGCAACAGCAGCAGCAACAACAGCAGUUGCAAGCCGUCCAGCAGCAGCAACAGCACAUGCUGAAACUGCAGAUGCAGCAGCAGCAAAACCAACAGCAGAUGCAGCAGCAACAGCAGCAGCAACAACUACAGCGAAUUGCCCAAAUGCAGCAGCUGCAGGCAGCACAGGCUAUGCAGGCACAACAGCAGCAGCAACAGCAGCAGCAGCAACAACAGCAACAAAUACCACAACAACAGAUACAGCAGCAGCCACCUCAACAAGUAAUGCAACAGCAGAUGCAACAGAUGCAGCAGCAACAACAGCAGCAGCAGCAGCAGCAACAGCAGCAGCAACAACAACAGGUUGCUCAGGCACAACAGUCUCAGCUUCCACCACAAUCGCAGCCUCAACCCCAGCCCAUGGUAUCUCAGCCACAGGCAAUCUCAGGACAAAUUCCUAGUCAGGUUAUGCCCGUUACUCUUACACCACAGCAAUUAAAAGCAAUGCAGGUAAGAGCUCAGCUGGUCCAGCAGCAGCAGGCAGCAGCAGCAGUGCAAGCAGCUCAGGCCCAAGCUGCUCAGAUGGGAGCUUCAGGGCAGAUGAUCACCGCACCUAUGGCCCGAGGUGGGAUGCAAAUAAGACCACGGUUCCCGCCUACCACCGCUGUGUCUGCUACGCCGCCAAGCUCCAUUCCUUUGGGCGGACAGCAAAUGCCACAGGUCAGCCAGAACAAUAUUACCAUGAUGUCAUCCCCAUCUCCUGUGCAACAAGCUCAAACACCUCAAUCAAUGCCUCCACCACCACAGCCGCAGCCAUCUCCUCAGCCAGGCCAGCCAACUUCUCAGCCAAAUUCAAAUGUCAGCUCUGGCCCAGCUCCAUCACCCAGCAGCUUUCUCCCCAGUCCGUCGCCACAACCAUCCCAGAGCCCGGCAGCUGCACGAACACCUCAGAACUUUAGUGUCCCAUCCCCAGGUCCUCUGAAUACUCCAGGAAAUCCAAAUUCUGUCAUGAGUCCAGCCAGUUCUAGCCAGUCAGAGGAGCAACAGUAUCUGGAGAAACUCAAACAGCUAUCAAAAUACAUUGAGCCACUCCGGAGGAUGAUCAAUAAAAUAGAUAAAAAUGAAGAUAGGAAGAAGGACCUGAGUAAAAUGAAGAGUCUCUUAGAUAUCCUGACUGACCCUUCAAAACGGUGCCCUCUGAAGACACUGCAGAAAUGCGAAAUUGCUCUGGAGAAGCUGAAAAAUGAUAUGGCUGUGCCUACUCCACCACCUCCCCCAGUGCCCCCCACCAAACAGCAGUACUUGUGUCAGCCGCUUUUGGAUGCUGUUUUGGCCAACAUACGUUCACCAGUCUUCAACCAUUCCCUUUACCGCACAUUUAUGCCAGCUAUGACUGCAAUUCAUGGACCACCAAUCACGGCCCCAGUUGCUUCCCCUCGAAAAAGGAAAUAUGAAGAGGAUGAAAGACAGACCAUACCAAAUGUCUUACAAGGGGAAGUUGCAAGAUUAAAUCCUAAAUUCCUGGUGAACCUGGACCCUUCCCAUUGCAGUAAUAAUGGCACAGUUCAUCUCAUAUGCAAGCUAGAUGACAAGAAUCUUCCAAAUGUCCCACCACUACAGCUCAGUGUUCCAGCGGACUAUCCAGAUCAGAGCCCUCUGUGGAUAAAAAAUCCCAGACAGUAUGCAGCCAAUCCCUUUUUGCAGUCGGUGUAUCGGUACAUGACUUCAAAACUAUUGCAACUUCCAGACAAGCAUUCAGUCACGGCACUCUUAAACACCUGGGCACAAAGUAUUCGUCAGGCCUGCCUCUCUGCUGCAUAACAUCUCACUUUCUAAAUUGUGAAGCAAGAAAGAAGAUCUUGACAGCUGGCCUCUUCCACAUGCCACUGGAAAAUCACAGGCAUUUUGGGGAGGGUACUUCAGAAGAAAGAAGCCUUAUGUUGUUUUGUUUCUAGGUGUCAGGUUCAGUAGAGAACCUGAUGUUAGACUUAGCUUUCAUGCUUUUUAUCUUCCGCCUCUGUGGACUUUUGCCAGCAUUUUCAAAUAUACAAAAUGUGUAUAUAUGGUUCUUGAGACUGUAUUAGGAUGAGUUUUUAUUGUCUUCUUAGAGAAGAAAUUAUUUGUGGACUUCCGUCAGGGAGUCUGGUAUAAGAGGGAGUAGGGAGAAAAUGUCCUAAUUUGCUUCAAAGUUUGCUCAGUGCCAGUAUUCCUUUCACAUUGUAUGUUUUGUGACCUGAUAAUGCCCCACAAAUAAAUUAGCUGCAACUAGAAUGUGCUUGCAAACUUCUCAGUGGUUGCAGGAAUCUUUUUGCCUAUUAGCUUUGCCCAGAGACAGGAUAAAUUGCAGCUUUUUAAGGCAUCCCUCAAAUAUGUGAGAUAAAUCUGGAUAAUUAUACUUUGGGGUGGGUGUGGGGAAAUAGAGCAAAAAAAGUAAUUUAUAGCUUGUUUUAAACACUACUUUGUAUAAACAGUUUUUGGUUAGCAUGGACCACAUGUUUUUCCAGAAGAGUGAGGUGAUGAGAAAGAAGAGAUGAUAAUGUGCACACUGACUUCCUCUAUAAAAUCAGUAAAUGUGUACAUAAACGUGGGGGGAAAAAGCCCAACAGUAUAAAGCCCUAGUAACACAAAUCAAUCCAGCAGGCUUGUAGCUACAUUUCUUCUUUUACUAAGGGUCUCUCUGAGGCAUCUGGCUUCCUUUGGGAGUUGAUGCAGUUCAGUGACAAUGCUUCUAUGCUACUUCAGUUUGUUUAAAAAGAAAAGGAAUAAUAACAACAUAGCUCAGGAGUAGAACUGACAACUAAUAUUUUGUGCCUUGAGCAAUGAUGGGCACUCACGUCAGUCAUCAGCUGCCUUAUUGUUGGGCACUUCUAAUGAAAACAUUUGCCAUGAGUAACUCUUUAAUUUCAUGCAUAAUGUGAUUGUUUUAUUUUCCCCAUGCUUAUAAUAUAAGUUGCUCACUCAAUUUCCUGGUGCAGAAGAAUUUCAGAUUUCACAUGUUCCCAUUAUAUCCUGCUCCAUCUCCCUGUAUUGUGCAGCAAACCUUAAAGAGUAGCUGGGCUCUCUUACAGUAGUGUCAAGAAAUUGCUAUGACCUUCGUAAAUCUGUGUGGUGUCAUCGGUUUUAGGAUGUUUUUAAAUGUGGGUACUUAGUAAGCACUGACUGAGGCAGCAAAAUGCUAUCAGUAUUUUGUACAUGAACUAAUGCAUUAUCUGUUUGUUUCUAUUGUAAUAAAUUUAUUAUUAUUCCUGUGUUGAAUGCUAA